AUGGCUCUGGCAAAGGAGGACAGGGCAAAGGAGCAAUUCAGCAACCUCCUCUGCCUCCCUGGCAUCCCGUUGCAUCAAAGACGCCCCCUGAACACGGCCUCCCUUGGCGGCAAACCCAGCCCCUCCAUCCAGCACCAGAAGCUCCAAUUUGCCAUGAAAUCUGCACAGUCAGACCUGACAGCUGCCGGCUCAGAGGCUUCCAGACAGACCAUCAGCUCCUAUUGUUUUCCCCAGCUGGAAGCCCGGCCGGAGCAGCACAAAGCGCAGCCCUGCGCCAAGUCCCGGCCAUUGUCAGCGGCAUCGCAGGCGUCCCCCCCCCCGCCCCCCGGGAAAGGGCAGCGCCCAUCCCAGACAAAGGCCCGGCCACCGCCGCCCCCCAGAGGAGCACAAAGCCCGGCGCGGCGAGGGGGCCCAGGUGGGCGAGGCCGCUCCCCGACGGGCGGGGUGGGGCUGCAGACAAAGCGGGGCCAGGCGGGGACGGGGACCCCCGGCAGGUGUUGCCGGCUCCUGGGGCUGCCUUCUCCCGCCCCCCCCCCCCCGCUCACCGGCUCUCCUCGGCGUCGCCCUCCCCGUCCGUCGUCGUCGUCGUCGCCCGGCGGCCGCCCUCCGCGCUACCUCUUCCUCACCUGCUUUGCCUCGGAGCGCGCGCGCCAGGCAGGGGCGGGGCCAGCUCGCGCUCGCCCUCCGCCGCCGCCGCCGCCCGGGCCAAUCGCCGCGCCGCCGGCGCCACGAGGGGGCGGGUCCCGCGCGCGGGGCGGGACUACGACUCCCGAGAGGCGCAGCGCCGCCCCGUGGGGCGUGGCCGCAGGACCAGGGCGCGGCCUGCUCCAUCCUCGCGUUGCCAUGGCGACGAGGCCUGCUCGCUCCGGGGACCGAGGCGGGGAGAGGCGGCGGCGGCGGCUUCGCCCUCCCGAGCCCAAGCUGGGUCCAGACAACGGGAACGCCUCGCAGGCCGCUUUGUUUCGUGGUGGACCUCGAGGCCAGGCCGCUGGGAUAACAGCCAGGGUGGCUCUGCGCCCCGGGGCGGGCCCGACAGCAUCCCGUCCUCACCGUCCCCCAAUGCCCCACGCAACCUGCGCCUGCAGAUAG